CUACCCUGGGACCCACGGUCAACUCUGGACCAGCUCAGGGGAAAUAAAUUCUUUCAGAGCCUUUCUCCAGCAUUCCCAGCCCGGCCCUAAAACUGACCUGAACCAUUUGCCCUUUUAAGUGACGAUCCUACAUUCGUCUCUUCCAAGGACACGAGAGACUCAGGAGGGAUCUCGGCUCAGCUCGGGCCUCCUCACCCGGUAGCGGCCCGACCCGCGCCUCCACCCCCUCCACGCCCCGGGGCCAUGGGCCCCGGCUUCGGGCUGACGGGCGCUUGCCCGGCGCGGCUCCCUACCUGUCUCAGGCGGUUGCUGAGGUCUUGAAAACCGGAGUCUGCGAGGGAACCUGCUCCUCUGUUCUCAGCCCCCAGGACCCGCCCUCGGGGCACCCCAGCCUAGAAAAACGGGGACCAGGAGGUGGAAAGACCCCAGCCUCAAGGAGGCGGAGCCCAGCCAGGGUGGAAGGGCCACGGCCCCAGGGACACCCAGCUGGCCGGGUCCUGGAUCCAAGCCUUCGCAGUGGUUUCACUUCCAUUCUUGGGGGAGAGGGGGCGGGUCGGGCAGUAUGGCACUGGGGACCCGGAGAGACUAAGGUGGGGAGGAGGACAGGGCGAUGGGGAGGACAGGGUCCCCACCUGCACCAGACUUCCACCGAGAGACUGAAGCCUGGCAGAGGAGCCGGAGGAAGGGCAAUCCCAGCCUCUUGGUGCCGCCUGGUGGGGACAAGGAAGAAAGACAAGAGCAAGUGACCGUGGUAACAAGGGGAAGGUAACAAGGGAACUUGCAGGGGGGCAAUUGCUGCUGUCCCUCAGAGUGAGCUGGUGUGUGGCCAAGGAGUGACUCUAGCACGGGGUCUGCCUGAAGGGUACCACCCGCCAGUUCACCCAUUCUGCCCUGGCACCCUGGGCCCUGCCUCUCCCCCCUCUCCCCCCACCCACCAUGUUCUGUGCUCCUCCUGCUCUGAGCAGGGUUUCCCCCUCCAGAGUGCUGGGCUGGGCCUGAGUCACUUCCCGGGCAGCAUUCCGGGAAAGGAGGUGCAGGACCUGCAGUCACAAGGGACAGGCUCAGUCUGCAGUGCCGGCUCUCCAGGCCUUCCCAGAUAUAUCCCAUUUCUGGUCCAGGCUGUGAUUCCUCCCCUGGGUAAGGAGCCAUCCAGGAAGGGGCUCCUUUCCGGGUUGAUCUCCCAGAACCACGAGGAAUCCCAUCAUUCUGAAAUCCUCAUGGCGGAGGAGGGGGCCGUCCUCACCAGAAACCUGAAAGCUGCUGUCUCGGCCAUCCUCCAGGGCUACCGGGGCCCGCAGCGGCCAGUGACAGAUGCCAGUGCUGAGCUGCACACACUCUGUGGCUGCCUGGAGCUGCUCCUGCAGUUUGACCAGAAAGAGCAGAAGAGCUUCCUGAGGCCUCGGAAGGAUUACUGGGACUUCCUCUGCGCCACCCUGUGGCGACAGCGGGGUAGCACGGAGCCGGCCCGCUUCAUCCUCGCCCAGGACAAGUCAAAGACACCUCUGGCAAAAGGCCGUGCCUUCAUCCGCUUCUGCCUGGCCCAGGGACAGCUGGCCGAGUCCCUGCAGCUCUGCCUCCUGAACCCAGAGGUCACCAGGGACUGGUAUGGCCCCCGGAGCCCCCUGGUGUGCCCCGAGCUCCGGGAAGACCUCCUGGACUCUCUCUAUGCUCUCAAUGGGGUGGCCUUCGACCUGGACCUGCAGUGGCCGAACCUGGAUGAAGCCUGGCCCAUGUUCUCAGAGUCCUGUCACUCCAGUCCCAGACGGACCCAGGGAAGAAGACCCAAAAAGACCAAAGAUUCCCCAAAGCAGAUCCCAGCCACAUAUGGAGACCCCACAGGAGCCCAGCCAGAAGAGCCACACACUAGCCAAGCUGGUCUGCAAGCUGCGCCCAGGGAAGAUGGGUUAGCUGGACUUCCCGGGGCCUGGCAACCCAAGCAUCUUCUUCCCUUCGUGGAAAAGGAGAGAGAAGAUCCCAAGAGCCUCGGGCCCCCACGGAGCAUGCGGGAACCGGAGGGGAAGGAGCUUCAGCCAGCCCAGGAGAAGGGAGCCCCAAGAACUGGGGUCUGCCUGGAGAAUUCAACCUCCAGUAGCCAGGGACAGGGGGAAGGGACCAACAGAGCUCCGAAGGAGGUGAUAGGGACAGAGGCUGAGGGAAGAGGGGUUCUGCCCGGUGCAGAGGGGACCCACAAAGGGGAAACAGAGUGGGGUGAUGUCCACAGGCUGCUGGCCUCCAGCCCCACAGGGACAAUAGAGGACACAAUGUCAGGGAGCUGGCAGAAGUGGAAGGCAUCUAGCAUUGGGGGGAUGCCUGGGGUCCUACCGGACCUGGGAACAAAGGAAAACUCCACCCCAGAGAGACAGCAAGAGGAAAGGGGAGUGACCAGUGUGACCAGGAGGAAGGAGCCGGCAGAAGUGGCCUUGCAGGAUGUGGUCAAGAGCCUGAGACGUGAGCUCCGGAAGACCAAGGAGCAGGCCCGGCACCAGGAGCAGCUGCUGAAGGAGCAGGAAGGGGAGCUGAAGACACUGCAGGAGCAGUUCAGCAGGUGUCAGGAGGAGAGGGACCAGCUGCAGACAGAGCUUGAACAGAAGCAGCAGGAGGCUGAGAGGAGGAAUGCCAUGUAUGAGGAGGAGCUCGGAGGGCAGCAGGACCUGGUCCGCGCCAUGAAGAGGAGGGUGCUGGAGCUGAUUCAAGAGAAGGAUGACCUGUGGCAGAAAGCCCAGCAGCUGUCUUCCAUGGCCCCCGGAUGCUGUGUGGACUGCAGCAAGAUCUUUGGCCGGCUGUCUCGGCGAUACCCGUGCAGGCUCUGCGGAGGCCUGGUUUGCCAUGCCUGCUCUGUGGAUUACAAGAAGAGAGAACGCCGCUGCCCUCCCUGCUCUGAGAAGGGAGAAGCUCAAUCCAGCUGACCGGCUCACCCAGGACGGGCCACCCACCCCACUCCGGUCACCUCCCUCCCCUCCACCCUUUCCAUUCCUCUUGUCUGACCAGUCCUGCCUUCUAGAAGGUGAUGACCUAAGACAGACAGCCCUUGUGCGCACCUGAGAGCGGAAGCAGCCGGCUGGCCGGCAGGAGGCGGGAGUGAGGAGGCCUGCUGGAGCCCUGCACCCCCCACCCACGAGCGGGGCGGCUUGACAAAGCCCACAGCUGUCCGUGCUUCUCCUGUCCGCGAGGGCGCCAGCCAUCCGCCUCCCUGAAGGCCUUCCAUGCUCAGAACAUCCUGGACCGAGAAGAAGACGCCUGGGCCCUGACGUGUCUGGGCAGCCCACCUCGCCAGCCACUGCUCACCUCAAGCAGCAGUGUCCUGUCUGGAGUCGGCUUUGAAGGUCUGCUUUGGCAAGGUUUCCUUUUUUACAGCUUUCUUGAGGUCCUAUGGACGUUGAACACACUUCACACACAUUGCACAACUGGAUGGGUUUUGACUUUAAUAUCCACCCAUGAAACCAUCACCAUAUUCACACUCAGGAGCACAUCCAUCAGCCCCAGACCUUCUUCAUGUCCUUUGUAAGCUCUCCUUCCCAAUCUCGCCCUCCCACUCCCAAGGCAAACCCUUACCUACUUUCUACCAUUAGACACUGGUUUUCCGGAAUUUUAUAUAAACGGAAUGUGGCAUGCA